AUGCGUGAUGUCUUUGAAGGAGCUAGCAGCACCACAGUUUGGUUGGGUCUGAGCACAGUGGGUGAAUGCGAGUCGGCCAUGAAGUUUCUAGCACAUAUUGGAAGCGAUGGAGACCUGCAUCUUGAUCCUCUUUUGGUGCCGUAUGUCGAAGUAGAGGGUAUGAAUAUCCUGUCAUCCCAAAUUAUCGCAGGACUCAAGUCGUUAUUUGGCAGCUCGUGGUGGUCACGCGUAUGGACCGUUCAGGAAUGGUUUUUAUCUCGACACGCGGUCUUUCAAUCUGGACCUCUCUUGAUCGAAGGCCUAAAUGUCCAGCGGGCUUUAGAUCAUUGGAACAGCCACAUGUACGACCAAGCAUGCUGCUACGGCUUCCUGGUUGGACACCCUAAGGGACGUGAUCUGUUCGCUCAUUUCGAUAAGCUAUUCUAUCUUACUCAAGAUACUGUCGGCUCGUCUCUGCCAUACACCAUAAGUCUUUUCAGAGACAAUUGCGUCGUCACUGAUCCACGCGAUAAGGGCUAUGGUAUACUUAGUCUUGCCCGCGGUCAAUACGAGAAUGCAGUUGAUGCGGACUACACACAAACAAUCGAGGCUGCAUUCCAGGCCACGACGAUCCAAAUGAUUCGGCAAACUGGAUCUCUCGAAGUGUUGAGCCACAUACCUGGCGCUGUGGAUCCGGAGUUAGCCUUGCCUUCCUAUGUUACAGAUUAG